AUGUUGGAUAUAACGCAAUUCAUCGAGGAGAAAGGAGGAAAUCCCGAACUUAUCAGACAAUCCCAAAAGGCAAGACAUGCCAAUGUGGAAAUCGUGGAUGUGAUCAUUGCGGAUUACAAGGAAUGGGUCAAGACUAGAUUCCAAUUGGACGAGCUCAACAAGGAGCAGAACAAAGUGCAAAAGGAGAUCGGUUUGAAAUUUAAGAAAAAGGAAGACCCUAAGGAACUCUUGGCCAAGAAAGAUGAGAUCGCAGCUGAAAAGAAGAAAUUGAGCGAGCUGGAACAGCAACAAGACCUGGGCUUGAAGGAAAAAGUGUUUCAAGUGGGUAACAUCGUACACCCCUCGGUGGUUGUGUCGAACAACGAGGACAACAACGAGUUGGUGCGUAGUUGGAAACCUCAAAGCCUCGCAGAAGUGGGUACCACUGCUUCUUGUUCCGGGAAACCAGCGAGUUUGUCGCACCACGAAGUGCUUCUCAGACUUGACGGGUAUGACCCGGAACGUGGUGUGAAGAUUUCGGGCCACAGAGGCUAUUUCUUCAGAAACUACGGUGUGUUUUUGAACCAAGCCAUGAUCAACUACGGGUUGUCGUUUUUGGCCUCCAAAGGUUACACACCUUUGCAAGCUCCAGUCAUGAUGGACAAAGAAGUCAUGAAGAGGACGGCUCAAUUGUCACAGUUCGAUGAAGAGCUUUACAAAGUGUUGGACGGUGACGACGAGAAAUACUUGAUUGCCACUUCCGAGCAGCCUAUCUCUGCCUACCACUCGAACGAAUGGUUCGAGAAGCCUCAGGAACAGUUACCUGUUCGUUACGCCGGUUACUCGUCAUGUUUCAGAAGAGAAGCUGGAGCUCACGGUAAGGACGCCUGGGGUGUUUUCAGAGUUCAUGCUUUUGAAAAAAUCGAGCAGUUCGUUUUGACUGAACCUGAAAAAUCGUGGGAAGAAUUUGACAGAAUGAUCGCAAUGUCCGAAGAGUUCUACCAGUCAUUGAACUUGCCUUACCGUGUUGUAGGUAUCGUUUCUGGUGAACUGAACAAUGCGGCCGCCAAGAAAUACGAUUUGGAGGCCUGGUUCCCAUACCAGCAGGAAUACAAAGAGUUGGUGUCAUGCUCUAACUGUACCGAUUAUCAAUCUAGAAACUUGGAAAUAAGAUGUGGUAUCAAGAAAAUGGGUGACAGAGAGAAGAAAUACGUCCACUGUCUAAAUUCAACGUUGUGUGCCACACAAAGAGCUCUGUGCUGUGUCUUGGAAAAUUACCAAACUGAAGACGGUCUAGUCGUUCCAGAAGUUUUGAGAAAGUACAUCCCAGGUGAACCUGAGUUCCUUCCUUUCACGAAGGAACUACCAAAAAACUCGACUUCUAACAAGAAAAAGAACGCCGAAGGCAAGUAA